UAAUAAAAACCAUCAAUCAACAUUCUCUAUUCACUAAGCCCCCCCCCCCUUCCUUCUUCUUACAUUUAUCACUCAGGGAUCUUUUGUCAGUAACCUUACGUGACUACUUUAAAACCAUCUCACUCACGACCUGUAGCUAGGUUGGUAAAGCCGAUCAUAGCUCUUGACUUCUCUUCUUUCUCAACCUUAAUAUCAAAAUCUGACCCGAACCCAUUUUUUUGUUACCGAAAAAGAAACGGAGCCAGAUCCGAAUACUGUGAUUAUGAAUCGUCGAGUGAAGGAGGAGAUUGUGGAGUCAAGUAUGGCUGCUCCUCUGCCGCAGCCAAUGGAAGGGCUCCACGAAGCUGGUCCUCCGCCGUUUCUGACAAAAACAUACGACAUCGUCGACGAUGCUUCCACCAACCACAUCGUUUCGUGGAGCCGUGGUAACAAUAGCUUCGUUGUCUGGGAUCCACAGUCCUUCUCCAUGAGCCUCCUUCCUAGAUUCUUCAAACACAACAAUUUCUCCAGCUUCGUCAGACAGCUUAACACCUAUGGAUUCAGAAAGGUUGAUCCAGAUAGGUGGGAAUUUGCCAAUGAAGGAUUUCUCAGAGGACAAAAGCAUCUUCUGAAGAACAUAAGGAGAAGGAAAACACCUCAACAUCAUCAUCCAGCUCUCCUACACCAACAAGCCCUAGAUCCAUGUGUGGAAGUAGGCCGGUUUGGACUCGACGGAGAGAUCAACCGGCUCAGGCGAGACAAGCAGGUGCUCAUGCUAGAACUGGUGAAACUCAGACAACAACAACAGAAUACCAAAACCUACCUUCAACAAAUGGAAGGUAGGCUCAAGAGAACUGAACAGAAGCAACAACAGAUGAUGAACUUCUUAGCAAGAGCAAUGCAAAACCCUAACUUCGUCCAGCAAUUAGUUCAGCAGAAAGAAUGGAAGAAGGAGCUUGAAGAAGCAAUUUCAAAGAAGAGAAGAAGAACUAUAGAUCAAGGACCUAGUAGUCAUGAUAAUAAUGAUAAUCUUGAGUUAUUAGGUCAAUUAGAAUCCUCAGACUUCGUUGAAGAACUUGAGACUGAUAUUAUUACUGAUCCUGCUGAUCAUGAUGUUGCUGAUGAGGAUUUGGAUUUGAUUAAGAAGUUAGAGGAAGAAGAUCAACAUGCACAACAAUUAAAUCAACAUGAUGAUGAUGAUGAGGUCAUCCUGGUUGGAAGUGAAUGUAUUAUUAAUGGAGAGUCGACACAGAUUGACGAUGAAGUGUUUUGGCAAGACUUGUUGAACGAGGAUGUUGAAGAAGUUAUACAAGGUUUCGAGGAAGAUGUUGAAGUGUUGGCCGAACAAGUUGGUUAUUUAGCCUCUGAUCAUCAUAAGUAAAAUAAUUACUUCCUGCAAAAUAUACACUUUGAUUUAUAUUCUGAAUUCUGAUGAUUUCUUCUUCCAUGAUUAAUCCAUGCCAACUAUUAUUAA